UCGCAUCUUCUCAUCUCCCUCUCCUUCUAUCCCUCUUUGGCUCCGUUCUCUUGACGCCUCGGAAUUGACUCCGCAUUCAGUAUUAGAGUUGCUUCAGGCCUACCAGUAAUCGUUCGUGCAAGCCUUUAGGGGUUGGCUCGCAGGCGAUACAUUUGUGAAGCCCUGAUUGCGGAAGGAAAGCCGUGAGCGUUAUCGUUGCGUUAUCUAAGCCGAGUAACGAGUCCCUGUUCCGUAGUCCGACAUGGGGGCUUCAGAGAAAGAAGGAGAGCCAGAUUAUUCCACGACACGCUUGCGUGGAGCUGCUCUCUGGGGUCUCCAGUUCAAGGCUCUGAUGAUAAAAAACGCGUUGGUAGCAUGGCGAAACAGAACGGCAACUUUCCUUCAGCUCUUCGCGUCGUUCUUCUUCAUUUUCCUUAUCUUCGCUGUGAACGAGGCCCUCAAGGCCGCCAUAAAUGACCGCACCGAGUAUAAGAACAUCUACACCCCGGUCCCGAAACCCAUCCCUGGAAUUCCGGCUUGCGAGAACGCAUUUUACAUCAAGCCGCCGUGCUACGACUUUAUUUGGAGCGGGAGCAACAGCCCGAUCAUCACAUCGCUCGUUCAAAACAUCACGCGGAACAAUCCGGGCCGUCCGAUCAACUUCGACACCCAGACCAAGGGUUUCGCAACGCCAGCUGACGUGGACGCGUGGCUGAUGGCCAAUCCGUACACGACCACCGGCGCGCUCCAUUUCUCCUUCACCCCGUCCGGCGCGUUAGGCUACGGCCUUCAAACGAACGCCACCGUUAAGAGCCAGCGCGGGCAGUUCGAGGACGCGACUUUCGACUACCAGGUGCCGCUUCAGGCGGCCGCGGAGCGCGAGAUCGCGCGUUACAUCGCGAAAGACUGGACGCUGACGUGGACGCCGUCGUACGCGGAGUUCGCGCACCCGGCCAUCAGCGCGUUCUCCGCCGUCGGAUCCGCCGGCGCGACGUUCCUGUUCGCCGCGGCGAUGUUCAGCUUCGUGACGCAAGCGAGCAACCUUGUAACGGAGCGCGAGCUAAAGCUCCGCCAGGCCAUGUCCACCAUGGGCCUCAUAGACUCCGUCUUCUGGCUCACGUGGUUCCUCUGGGAAGUGCUCCUCGCGAUCGUCUCCUGCAUCUUCCUCGUGUGCUUCGGCAUGAUGUUCCAAUUCGAUUUCUUCCUCCAUAACGCCUUCCUCGUCCUCUUCCUCAUGUUCUUCCUCUUCUGGCUCUCCAUGACGUCCCUCGCCUUCUUCGUCUCCACCUUUCUGCGAAAGGCCGCCACGGCCAACACCGUGGGGUUUUUUAUCUUCAUUAUAGGGUUCGUCCUCCAGCUGAUUGUGCUCUUCGGCGUGCCGUACUCCAAGGAGUACAGCAACGGCCUCCGAGUGAUCUUUAAUCUCUUCCCGCCCAAUCUCCUAGCGAUUGGGCUGAAAUACCUGGGAGACGCCACGGCCACCCCCGAAGAUCCCGGGAUCAAGCUGUCCGGGAUUGGCCAGUGCUCCCCGCGAAGCCCGGACUGUGUGAUGACGAUGGGGGGUAUCUACAUCUGGCUGAUCGUCCUCACGAUCGUCUACUUCAUCCUGGCCGUCUAUUUGGACAACGUUCUCCCGGACGUGAACGGCAUCCGUAAGCCCUGCUUCUUCUUCCUGUACCCUUCCUUCUGGACCGGCCGGGCCUCGGCAGGCUCGGAACACGGAGGAAUCUUCUCGUGCUUCGGCAGGAAGAUUCCUGAGCUGGACCCGAAUGACCGCGCUGACGACGCUGACGUCAUCGAAGAGGAGGAGAGGGUCAAAGCAGCGGCAGCAGCAGGGGGGGAGGGUGCUGGCGUAGCAGUGUCCGUUCGAGGCCUAGUGAAGACGUUCCCAGGGCGUACGGAGAUGAAACGGUGCUGCGUGGUGAAGAAGACACCGGCGUUUCAUGCGGUGAAGGGGUCGUGGUUCGGCGUGGAGCAGGACAAGCUGUUCUGCCUGCUGGGGCCCAACGGCGCGGGCAAGAGCACCACCAUCCACUGCCUCACAGGCAUCAUCCCUACCACUGCUGGCGAUGCGCUCGUCCUCGGCUCCUCUAUCCGCGAUCCAGGCAGCAUGGCGCACAUCCGCGGCAUCAUGGGCGUGUGUCCGCAGUUCGACAUCCUCUGGGACCGCCUGUCGGGCUCGGAGCACCUCUUCCUCUUCGCGCGCAUCAAGGGGCUGCCCCCUGUGCACACGGCCAAGGAGGUGGCCUCGCUGCUGGAGGAGGUGCGCCUCACCGAGGCGCAGGCCAUGCGCACCAGCGGGUACAGCGGUGGCAUGAAGAGGCGGCUCUCUGUUGCUGUGGCGCUGAUAGGCGACCCCAAGAUCGUUUACCUGGAUGAGCCGACCACCGGCAUGGACCCUGUCUCGCGCCGCCACGUGUGGGACAUCGUGGAGCGCGCCAAGCGUGGGCGGGCCAUAGUCCUCACCACCCACUCCAUGGAGGAAGCCGACAUUCUCGGGGACCGCAUCGCCAUCAUGGCGCGGGGCCGGCUGCGCUGCAUUGGCACGUCCAUCCACCUGAAGAACCGGUUCGGCGCCGGGUUCAUCAUCACGGUGGGCAUCGGCGCCCGGGGCGCGUCGGUGGCGUCAGCAGUGGAUCUGCAGGCGGAGGCGGCGGCCAAGGCUGCUGUGGCUGAGAAGGCUGCUGCUGUGAAGGCGUACUUCAAAGAGAAGCUGGACGUGGAGGCAUCAGAUGAGUCCAAGGGAUACGUCAAGUUCCUCGUGCCACGAGACAGGGAGCCGCAACUCACUGCCUUUUUCAAGGAUCUGAAUGACUGCAGCAAGGAGCUGGGCAUCAGUGACACCCAGCUCUCCCUCUCCACCCUCGAGGAGGUCUUCCUCAACAUUGCACGCCAGGCGGAGCUAGAAACCGCGCAGGCGGAAGGCCGGUUCGAAGACAUUGUGCUUCCCAACGGGUUGUCGGUUCAGGUGCCUGUGGGUGCUGAGCUUGUUUCCCUGCCUCCCACUGAGGAAUUCCCCCAGGGGAGCUUGAUAAAUGUUAGCUGGCAGCAGGAUGACAGCGGAACGUUGAGGAUUUCAAGGUUUUCGGAGCAGAGGGCUGCGUCGGCUGAGACUGCUGCAGGUGCUGUGGCUGCAGAGUGGGGGGCGAAGAGUGGAGAGAAUCAGGGGUUUUGGUCUAAGAUUUGUGGAUGCUGUCGAUAGGGAUCUGGUUUUCUUGUUAGGAAACCUUGCUGGGUUACAGGAGAAUGCUGUAGUUCUGCAUACAGCUGCGUAUUCUCCGGGUUUCAUGCAAUUUCAUGGAGGUAAGAGGGGCUAUUGCUUGUAUAAUUGAACUUCAACUAAUAGCGUAAUUAUAGACGACUAAUUGCAAGACUGUAAUCAGUUAGAACUCUGGUCUUGUCCGUGUUUUGUACAACGGAA